UCCGAAAUUCUUUCCCUAGAGUAUAAACCCCAGAAUACUGAACUGGAAGGACUCAGCGUACCCGCGCACGAAGAAGGGUUGGAGAGUAGGAGGAAGGAAGCAGGCGCCAAAGAUGGAGGUGGAGUUGGAGCCAAGGGUGAAGCCAUUGGCUUACAAAGUGAAGACCAUGUCUCGGGAGUCCUCUGCCCAGAAGGCAGUCUACGUGCUCGACACCGACCUCCGCAACCAUUGGUCCACCGGAACCAAUACCAAAGAGUGGAUUUUACUGGAACUCGAAGAACCAUGUCUCCUUUCACACAUAAGGAUUUAUAAUAAGUCCGUGUUGGAGUGGGAAAUAUCGGCUGGAUUACACAUUAAGCCAGAGGUCUUCGCUAAAGUUCGUCCCCGCUGUGAGGCGCCACGACGUGAUAUGAUGUAUUUAAUGAAUUACACCCCAUGUCGCUAUGUGAAGAUAUCUUGUAUGCGUGGAAACCCGAUAGCCUUAUUUUUCAUUCAGCUGAUUGGGAUUUCAGUUCCUGGUUUGGAGCCAGAAUUUCAACCUGUUGCCAACCACUUGCUACCGCAGAUAAUCUCCCACAAACAAGAUGCUGUUGAUGUGCAUCUUCAGUUGCUUCAUGAUGUGACGAGCCGGUUAUCCAGGUUUCUUCCUCACCUCGAGACUGAUCUAAAUAGUUUUUCCGAGUCGCCUGAAUCUACCAUACGUUUUCUGGCAAUGCUUGCUGGCCCAUUUUAUCCCAUCCUUCAGAUUGUUGGCGAAAGAGAAACUGCAAGGUUGGCUCUCAACAGUUCUGAUGUUGAAGCUUCUAAGACCAACCUGCCAUCUACAGCAUUGAUGGUUUCCUCAAAUUUUGAGCCAAGGAGAUCACGAAACACAUCAUCUGUUUAUGCUCCCAUGUCAACGCACUUAGUCUUCCGUCCUGAUGCUGUCUUUGUAUUGCUUAGAAAGGCAUAUAAAGAUACUAACUUGGGGAAUGUGUGCAAGAUGGGAUCACAAAUAUUUAUGAAGCUUGUGGAGCCUUUGACAACAAAAGAAGUACCUACAGCUAAUGAAGUUACUAAAUCUGAUCCCUGUUUUCCUACUUCACUACCUGAUUAUUCAAGCUUGUUUGGGGAGGACUUUCAAAUACCAGAUAAUACAUGUGAUCCUGCCUAUCUUAGUAGUUUAGAUUCAGCUGCAAUUGAAGAAGGAAUAAUGCAUGUUCUUUAUGCUUCUGCUUCUCAGCCUUCACACUGCAGCAAACUGACUGAGAAUGCUUCUGAAUUUUGGUUGGUAUUGCCAUUAGUUCAAGCAUUGCUUUCAGCACUACGUCCAACUGUCAGCAAUUCUAACCAAAUUGAUGACAACUUCUCUCCGUGGAAGCAAUCAUUUGUACAAAAUGCACUCUCUCAGAUUGUGGCAACUUCAUCUUCUGCCAUAUAUCGGCCUCUACUUCGUGCUUGUGCUGGCUAUUUAGCAUCUUUCUCACCUUCACAUGCUAAGGCGGCAUGUGUUCUUAUUGAUUUGUGCUCAGGUGUGUUAGCACCGUGGAUGACUCAAGUGAUUGCCAAGGUAGACUUGUGUAUGGAGCUUUUGGAAGACCUUUUAGGUGUAAUCCAGGGUGUUCGUCAUUCAUUUUCCCGGGCACGUGCUGCCCUCAAGUAUAUUGUUCUCGCGCUCUCUGGUAACAUGGAUGAUAUUAUAGCGCAAUAUAAGGAUGCUAAGCACCGAAUAUUAUUCCUGGUGGAGAUGCUAGAACCUUUUCUAGAUCCUGCCUUAACCCCCUUUAAGGGCAUGAUAUCCUUUGGAAACAUGCCUUCUAUAUUUACCGAGAAUCAGGAGCAGAACUGUGCUAGAGCACUUAAUGCUAUCCGCACUGCCAUAAGAAAGUCCAGUGUACUGCCAUCAUUGGAGUCUGAAUGGCGGCAUGGGUCUGUUGCUCCUAGUGUGCUUCUUUCAGUUCUGGAUGCUCAGUUGCAAUUGCCUGCUGAUAUUGAUAGUUGCAAAUUUUCUUCUUCGGAAAAGGUGGAGCUGCCAGCAUCAGCUGCUCCACCUAUGCCUUCUCGUAAUGGAGUAGUCACUUCUAGAUCAUAUAACCAAGAGACUGCUGAUAUGAAGGUUGAUGUUGACGUCACUGGUAAAAUGGAUGCUUUUGAGGAUGCCGGUUUUUUCUUUGCUCCUCCAGAAUUGAAUGGAAUUUCUCUCACUCGUGUUCCUUCAAGCACAGACAUUAAGGUUUCGGAUCCAAGCAGUCAAAAUAUCAAUUUUGAGGCCAAAAACUUAACUGAUGGCUUUUCAAGUGGUGUUGGAUUAGAUUCUGGUCAGGGUAUUGAAUUCUAUAAUUUGCUGGCAGAUUACUCACAACUUAUGAAUUAUCGAGAUUGUGAGCUGAGGGCAUCCGAGUUUAGGCGUUUGGCUCUGGACUUGAGCUCCCGAAAUGAUAUUACUCCGGAGAAUCAUGAUGUAGCCAUAGAUGCUUUGCUCCUGGCAGCAGAAUGUUACAUAAAUCCUUGCUUUAUGAUGUCUUUCAAGGACUUUUCACCAGAUUUGAACAAAUUUAAUCUCAAAGCUUCGACUAAGAACUAUCAACCUGUAGAUGUGAAGAGACUUUUUAAGCAAAAGGAUGACUUGAAACAUUUGGCUGACAUUGAGAGGAAAAGAGACAGGGUUGUUCUGGAAAUACUGAUUGAGGCGGCAGUAUUAGAUAAGAAACAUCGCAAAUUGGAAUCCGAGUUGCAUGUUGAAGUCGCUGAGGAUGUUGUUAAUUUGUCUGAGCAGGAUUUUCUUUCGGCAGAUGCAAUAACAUUAGCUCGUCAGAAUCAAGCACUCCUGUGCAAUUUCUUGAUAGAACGUUUGCUGAGAGAUUCACAUGAGGAGCAGCAGCCCGUGCAUGAGAUUCUAAUGUGGUGUCUUCUGUUUCUGUUGCAUUCAGCAACUAAACUAUUUUGUCCUCCCGAGCACGUGGUUGAUAUAAUAUUAGGUUUUUCUGAAUCAUUGAACAUGCAGUUAAAAUCACUUUAUUACCAACUCAAGGAAGAGAGUUUGUCCUCAAAUAAUGUAAAGCAGUAUGAGUUGCAGCGGCGCUGGAUUCUUCUUCAUAGAUUGAUCAUUGCUUCAAGUGGUGGUGAUGAGAGGUUUUUGCCUUCAGUCAGCAUCAGAAAUGGUUUUCGAUUUUCAAAUUUGGUUCCUCCAUCGGCAUGGUUGCAGAAAGUACCUCUCUUUUCUUCUUCUGCUUUUCCGCUGGUGAGAUAUUUUGGUUGGAUGGCUGUAGCACACCAUGCAAAACAAUUUCUUAAAGAGAGACUCUUCCUUGUUUCUGAUUUGCAGCAGUUAAUGUAUCUUUUAUCAAUAUUUUUAGAUGACCUCUCUCUUGUAGAUAACCUCAUUGAGCAGAAAGAUAUGGACAGUCGGGUUGAACAAUUGAGUAUUCGCCAAAAUGCUAAUGUUGAGGAUGGUGGUAAAAAUGUUGUCCUUGAAGAUGGGUUGCAAUCUUUUCAUGCCUUGCAUCCUGAUAUCAGUAAAUUCUUUCCUAAUUUGAAGAAAGAAUUUAUAGCUUUUGGUGAGACUAUACUAGAAGCAGUUCGUUUGCAAUUGAUAUUUCUGUCUCCAUCUAUUGUGCCAGAUCUGAUGUGUUGGUUUUCCGAUUUAUGCUCAUGGCCAUUAGUUCGGUUCGGGAAUGAACAAACAUCAAUUCUGCCCAAGGCUGAUAUGUUCAAAGGUUUUGUGGCAAAGAACGCAAAAGCUGUUAUUCUCUACAUCCUUGAAACCAUUGUAGUUGAGCACAUGGAAGCUAUGAUUCCAGAGUUGCCUAGAGUGAUGCAGGUGCUUGUGUCCUUGUGCAAUACUUCAUACUGUGAUGUGUCGUUUCUAGAUUCUGCUUUGUGUUUGUUGAAACCCAUCAUAACAUAUUCCUUAAGUAAGGUGCCUGAGGAAGAAAAUCCAUAUUCAUCUGACAAUUUUGAAUCAUUGUGUUUUGGAGCACUUUUUGACAAUAUUAAAUUUAACAAGAAGAAUGAAGAUGGUCCACUCGGAAAUGGAAAAUGCCAAGCAUUGACUAUCUAUGUGUUGGGUGCUAUUUUUAGUGAUUUGUCCUUCCAUUGGAAAAAAGAACUACUUCAAUACUCUAUAUUGUGGGCAGAGUUUGCUUCAUUCGAGGGGACAAAUGCUUUUCAUGACUAUAUUUGUGCUUAUCAGUUACUCAUGGACAACUGUAGCGACUUGCUGCUUGCUACUUCACGAGCCUGGGGCAUUAUUCCACUUAAAAUGUCUGCAUAUUGUGAUACUACGGAUUAUAGUGGCCAUGGUUUUUCUGAAUCCUCAUUUCUCUAUGAGAUAUGCCAACCUUCAUCUUCUGCUGAUGAGAAGUGCCCAGAUGAUAAUAGUGUAGUUGCCAAUGCUAAUCAUAAGAUUUGUCAGUUGACUUUAGAAGAAGUAAAGACAUUUUCUGAACAUUUGGACUCUCUUGUUUUGCAACUCAAUCCAACCUUCGAGCAGUGCUGGAAACUUCAUCAUAAAGUGACCAAGAAACUGGCACUCACAUGCGCAGAAUGCUUUAUUUUGUCAAGGUGCUUAUGCUUGUCUGGGGAGAAAUUUGCUGCCUCCUCAGGGGUAGAGUUAACUCUCCUUCCCAGUGGACUUGUGAAUGAGCUCCCAGAGCUUUGGAGAGAGAGUCUGAGAGGACUCUCUGAGACUAUUUUGGUACUUCAGGAAAAACAUUGCUGGGAGGUUGCAUCUGUAUUACUGGAAUCUCUUUUGGGAGUGCCCAGGUGUCUUUAUCUUGAUAAUCUAAUCGAUAACCUGUGCCUGGCACUCAAGAACUUCUCUAAUAGUGCACCAAAUAUCUCCUGGAGAUUACAGAUAGAUAAGAUGAUGGCUUUGUUACUGGGAAGAGGUAUUAAUAACAUCUGUCAAAAGGAAUUUCCUCUGGUUGAUCUGUUCUGUGCCCUUCUUGGGCAUGCUGAGCCUGAGCAACGCUAUAUUGCACUUAAGCACUUGGGCAGACUUGUUGGUCAGGAUGUCGAUAGUGGAAAGUUACUUUUGCCUUUGGCAACGGAAUCUAUAAUAGCUCCAUCUGAUUUAGUUACAUCCACAUCUGAAGCUAUUCUGUCUCCUUUGGUUUCAGCCACCUGGGAUCAUGUGGCAUUGAUUUCAUCAUCUGACACAUCAUUGCUGCUAAAAACCCAUGCAACAGCACUCCUCAUCAAUUUCAUACCCUUUGUGGAGAGGUGUAAAUUGCAGUCGUUCCUCGCAGCUUCUGACAGUAUUCUUCAGUCUUUGACAACUCUUGCACAACCUACAUGUGAUGGUCCAUUAACACAAUUUUCUCUAGCACUCAUUGCCAGCGCGUGUCUCUAUUCUCCAGCUGAAGAUAUGUCGCUGAUUCCUGAAAGUAUUUGGAGAAACAUAGAAGCAUUUGGAAUGUCUAGAAAUGGUAGCUAUUGCACCAGCCUUGAGAAACAAGCCUGUGAAGCACUUUGUAGACUUAAACAUGAUGGAGAAGAUGCUAAACAGACUUUGAAGGAAGUUCUUUGUUCAAGCUCUGAAAAACAGCAAAUUCCUGAUUUCGUUGCUACAAGAGAAUCAAUUCUUCAGGUUAUUGGUAAUUUAACAUCUGCGAGAUCCUAUUUUGAUUUCUUUUCGAAGGAAGCUGAACAAAAGAACAUGGAAUUGGAGGAGGCUGAAUUGGAAAUGGAACUUCUACAAAGCGAGCACUCUCCAUCAGAUUCAUCUCCCGAUCUCCAAGAUUGGCGCCAGUUUCCAUUUAUGUCAACAUAUUCAAAGGAUGAUCAGCGGUUGCAGCAGAUCAAAGAUGAAAUAAAAUCAAUCGAAAAGGCUAAGCUCAGAGAAGAAAUUGUAGCCCUCAGGCAACAAAAGCUUAUGAUGAGGCGUGCGAGGCAACAGUUUCGAGAAGAAGCUGCUCUACGUGAAGCAGAACUUGUACAGAAGCUUCAUAGAUCGAGAGCAGAUGAAGUAGAAAAGGAGCUCAAGAGACAACAACAGCUGGAGCUCGAGCGAGCAAAAACUAGGGAAUUGCAGCACAAUCUUGAUAUGGAGAAAGAAAAACAAGCACAGAGAGACAUACAGCGAGAAAUAGAGCAAGUGGAAGCUGGGGUCCGACCAUCUCGCCGAGAAUUUUCAUCCUCGAGUCACUCUCGCGCACGUGACAAAUACCGUGAAAGGGAAAGCAGCCGGGACGGCAAUGAAGGCAGCUUAAGAACAACCACCCGCAACAUGCAACCCGACACCCUUCCCUCCACUGCUACGACAGUCGUGUUACCCGGGGCAAGGUCGUUCUCAGGGCAACCUCCCACUAUCCUGCAAUCGCGGGAGAGAUCAGACGACAGCAGAAGCAACUACGAAGAGAAUUUCGAAGGGAGCAAGGACUCGGGUGACACAGGCAGCGUCGGGGAUCUGGAUGCUGUGUCAUCUCUCGACGGGCAGCCCAUUGGCUUUGGGCGGCAUGGGCCACGAGGCGGAAAGUCUAGGCAGAUAAUGGAGAGGAGGGAGCGGGGCGAGGGCAGGCGGGAAGGGAAAUGGGAGCGUAAACACUAGCCGAGGCAUCGACAUCGCUAUCGAUAUCGGUAUGUUUCGAUUAAUAUAUAUAUAUAUACACCGUGAUAUAUCAUAUAUAUCGAUAUGUUUCUUUAGUAUAUGUACCGUGUAAUAUAUGUAUGUUGUAAGGUAGCUAAAGCUCUUCAUAUCACAUGAAGCAAGUAUGAAUUGAAGUCAUGUUGUUUUCAUUUUGUUCUUAUCAUAUAAAAUUUACAUGUAGUAGUUAGAAAGAAAAUAUAGAGACACUUUACUUCAUUUUUUUUUUA